AUGUAUAGAGGUUUCCUCUAUAUAGCGCUAAAAGCGCAGACAUUUUCCCAGGAGCUUUCCAAGUUCGUCGGACCAAAUCGCUUUUUGGUCCGACCAAGGCAUUGAUUUGGUGCAACCUACCGAUAAAUUCCGAUCAGAAUUUAUCGGCCUUACAGCGCCAAACAUAGGAAACUUCUAUAUAUUAUUUUGGUAUUUCUGAUAUCAUUUAGCAUGGCACAACAUAUCGAUCCUAAUCCUGCUCAGCUAAAUCUUUCAAUUGAAGAACUGGCAGCAAUUUUAAGAGAUCCCCAGUCAGGAGAAAGGCUUUCAUCUGAUCCUGAGCUUUUACAGCAUAUCAAACACCGACUUGAUGAUCCUGAUACUCAUAGAAAAGUGAUGGAAAUGAUAAAUACAGGCCGACCUCUAUUACAUGGAUGCCCAGUUAUGUAUGGAGGACUUGGAGGAACAGUAAGAAAAGCUCAAAAAGAGAAGUAUCAAUCAGAAAUAAAUUCAAUUAAACAGAUGGGAUUCAACCAAGACGAUGAUAUAUUAGAUGCGCUAAUUGAUUCACAAGGUGACAUUUCUAGGGCUGUUGAUUCUUUAAUGUCAAGAUAA